GUAGCUGCAGUCUCCCGUUCCCCCUCGGGGCGCUUAUCACGGCCGGCUGGCGGUCUGCGAUACGACAUUUUCCAGAAAUUUUCUCCAACACCGCUGAGCUGACAACACGCACUGCACGUCACAAAAGCUUAAUUAAGCUGGCUGCUAGAGAGAAGGGUGGGCGUCGUCUGUGUUGAGCUCGUAGUAGUAAUUUAGACCUCUUACAAGUCGCUGGAAUGGAAAGAGAAAUGGCCGAAUUCGGCGGCGGCAGCAAUGCAGCUGCUGCCGACGUCAAUCUACGGAGCAGGAGCAGGAGCAGCGGCAGCAGCAGUAGAAGGAGCGUCCAAUUUAAGGAGGAGUUGGAGGAGGAGGUAGUGGAGAUCACACUCGACGUCGCCGACGACGGUUCGGCCACCCUCCUCGACGUCGGAACCCCUGCAGCCACGGGAGCCGCCGCCGGAGACGGCGGAUCGGCGGCGCCGCUGGGGCGGAGCGUGUCGUCGCUGCUGCGGCAGGCCUCGCGGGGGCUGCGGCGGAUGGCGUCCGCGAAGACGCCGCCGCCGCCGAAGAGCCUCUACAGGAGUCCAACCAGCGCGAUGCGGGCGCUGGACGGCCUGCGAUUCGUCACCAGUAACGUUGGCGCCACCGAGGGCUGGCCCGCGGUCGAGCGCCGCUUCGACCAGCUCGCCGUCGACGGCGUGCUCCUCCGGUCCCGGUUCGGACAAUGCAUUGGGAUGGUCGGGUCAGAGGACUUUGCAAUUCAAGUGUUUGAUGCAUUGGCGAGAAAGAGGGGAAUAACGAAAGCUGUGCUGACAAAGGGGGAAUUGAAGGAGUUUUGGGAGCAGCUGUCCGACCAAGGGUUUGAUAGUCGUCUUCGGACGUUCUUUGACAUGGUUGACAAGAAUGCAGAUGGCCGUCUCACGGAAGAAGAAGUCAAAGAGAUCAUUACCCUCAGUGCAUCAGCAAACAAGUUGUCGAAGAUUAAGGAACGUGCUGAUGAGUACACCGCGCUGAUAAUGGAAGAGCUUGAUCCUAACCAUUUAGGCUACAUUGAGCUCGAGAACUUGGAGAUGCUAUUGCUACAGCCACCGACAGAGUCGACAUCGAUAUCAACCCAGAGCUCUAAAUUAAGCAAGGUUCUAAGCCAAAAGCUUGUACCCACCAAAGAUACCAAUGCCUUUCGGCAUUUUACUCGAAAAGUCUCUUACUUUCUGGAGGAUAAUUGGAAGAGGGUUUGGGUGAUGUUUUUAUGGCUAUCCAUUUGUGCUGGUCUCUUUACUUGGAAGUUCAUCCAAUACCGGCAGCGCUAUGUUUUCCAUGUAAUGGGUUAUUGUGUUGCUACUGCAAAGGGCGCUGCUGAGACCAUAAAGUUCAACAUGGCCAUCAUCCUUCUCCCCGUAUGUAGAAACACGAUCACUUUGAUCAGGUCUAAGACCAAGCUUGGAGCUGUUGUACCCUUCAAUGACAAUCUAAACUUUCAUAAGGUGCUUGCGGCAGGUGUUGCAGUUGGAGUCGGGCUACAUGCACUGGCUCACCUGACAUGUGACUUCCCCCGGCUUCUACAUGCAAGUGAUGCUGACUACGAACCCCUGAAGCCGUUCUUUGGUGAGCGGCGGCCACCAAACUAUUGGUGGUUUGUUAAGGGUACUGAAGGCUGGACAGGGGUGGUCAUGGUGGUCCUGAUGGCAAUAUCCUAUGUGUUGGCUCAGCCAUGGUUUCGCAGAAACAGGCUAAGUCCAUCUAACCCCCUUAAGCGACUAACCGGUUUCAAUGCUUUCUGGUACUCCCACCACCUCUUCAUUAUUGUAUAUGUUCUCUUCGUUAUCCAUGGGACAUUCCUCUAUUUGACCAAGAAGUGGUACAAGAAAACAACAUGGAUGUACCUUGCCAUUCCUGUCACCUUAUAUGCAUGCGAGCGCCUUCUUCGAGCUUUAAGGUCUGGUCAUGAGACUGUAAGAAUUCAAAAGGUUGCAGUGUAUCCCGGAAAUGUGUUAGCUCUUUAUAUGUCCAAGCCCCAUGGUUUCAGAUACAAGAGCGGCCAAUACAUCUUUGUUAAUUGUUCUGCUGUCUCUCCUUUUGAGUGGCAUCCCUUCUCCAUAACUUCUGCUCCGGGAGAUGAUUAUAUCAGUGUCCACAUUCGCACUAGAGGUGAUUGGACCUCACGGCUUAGAGUAGUGUUCUCAGAGGCAUGCCGUCCUCCCUCCAUCGAAGAGAGUGGGCUCCUCAGAGCUGACAUUACCAGAGGAGAAAACAUCGCAAGAUUCCCGAAACUCUUGAUCGAUGGCCCAUAUGGUGCCCCCGCCCAAGAUUAUCAAGAAUACGAUGUACUGCUACUCAUCGGGCUAGGGAUUGGAGCCACCCCAUUGAUAAGCAUCGUGAAAGAUGUACUUAACCACAUUCAGCAAGGGGAGACCAGAGGAGGAGCCACGGAUUCUGACGGAAGUGGUAGGACCAAGAAAAAAGCGUUUAACACAAAACGGGCCUAUUUCUAUUGGGUGACUCGAGAGGAGGGCUCAUUCGAUUGGUUUCGAGGUGUGAUGAAUGAAGUAGCGGAGAAGGACACGGACGGUGUGAUCGAAUUACACAAUCAUUGUUCGAGUGUGUAUGAAGAAGGCGAUGCGCGCUCUGCUCUUAUUGUCAUGCUCCAAGCACUCCAUCAUGCAAAGAAGGGGGUCGACAUCGUGUCUGGGACCCGCGUCAAGACCCACUUUGCAAGGCCCAAUUGGCGAAAGGUUUUCAAGCAUGUUGCUGUACAUCAUGAGAAUCAGCGUGUUGGAGUUUUCUACUGUGGGGAACCAGUCUUGGUAGAGGAGCUUAAACAACUGUCACAAGAUUUCACUCACAAAACAAGUACGAGGUUUGAAUUCCACAAGGAAAACUUCUAGUACUGUGGCUUCAUUAAUUUCUCUGUUUUCAACAGUUCGACCCUGUCAGUUGUUUAAGAAUGCAGUGCCAUUGUGCAACCUUUAUGUACCCGUAGCUGUUCUUCGUAUGUUACGUGGACUGCAAUAAAUCUUGUCUUGGAGUCAACAGAGAGUAAGGAAAAGAGAGCUCACUUUUCAGUUGACACCUUGUCUUCUUGUACUGUACAAAGUUAUCUUUGCUACAUAUACAGUUAUAAACAGUUAUUUGUUGUUGUGUUUUUGUUAAAA